AUGGUGUCGUGCGUGCAUCAGGUCAAGUUGACCUGGCAUGUUCAGGCUAAUUCUCAUGCUGUGACAACUGUGUUUGUGCAGAAAGGGAAGGAUUUACAUCUGGAUGUUAACAAUCCUGUUGAUCUCAAAGGAAAAGAUGAAUUUAAAUGGACAGUCAAUGACACUAACAAUGUAGUGAGAUUACGUUCUGGUGAAGAACCUAUACAAAGUCAGGAAGAUAGUUAUAAAGGAAGGGUUGAGUUUUCUGUACAAAAUCACUCUUUGCUUUUGAAGAAUGUGCAACACAGCGACAGUGGAGAUUACACUGCACUCAUAAGUGGAGACAAAACCCAACGUGUAGCUGAAUACAAGGUCAUAAUUCAAGAUACAGUGUCUCCAGUUCAGCUGUCCGUGAACUCUGUGUCUAACAGCAGAGAGUCCUGUAACCUCACUGUGACCUGCAGUACAGAGGACUCUCUCAUCAACAGCACUUUUAGAUGUGACAACCAAACCUGCAAUCAGGAGGGAGGAGAUCAGUCAGAGGUCACAACCUCUGGUUCUUCUCUCCGUAUCUACCUGUUGAAUGACUCCAUCAUCUGUAACCAUAGCAACCAGGUCAACUGGACCAGAGACAUGAUGGAGAUUCAGCCUCUCUGCUCUCUAACUGCUGUUCCUGAUACGGGUACAAGAGUAGCCAUUUGGAUUGUGCUUCCAGUUUUCCUUUUCCUUUUCCUUGUCCCUGUCCUUGGCUGCCUAAUCAAAUGGAAUCAAUCCUGACCAAACUCCUAAUCAGACUGCCACAGAGGAUGCUUCAAGUCGUUUUGUAAACACCACUUAUGCUUUGGUAGAAGUUUCAACUGGGCCCAAAAGAUCGACUGAGCCUAAAAAGACCACCUUGCCAGAGACCAUUUAUUCUGAAGUUAACAAGGCUCCAAAGUCCAACGAC